AACUAAGUUAACAAAAUUACUCCUAUUUAGGGACCUAGUGUUCCUCCUUAGCUACACUUUUAUCUCAAUAAUACCAAUAAUCUUUCUACUACAAGUUUUCUUCUCUUCCCUUAACUCCAGUUCCAAUUUUUUUUACAUAUUCUUUCACUCCUUCAUAUAAUUAGCUUGUGUUCAUAUUCAAAGCUUUCUUAUUUUGAUGUUACACCUUUAAAGAAAUUGAUAACAAUUUGAAGAAAUUUAAAUUCAAGAAAUUAUGGAGACUGUGUGUGGAUUUGAAGGACAUGAAGAAGAAAUGGAAUUGCCUCCUGGUUUUCGUUUUCAUCCAACAGAUGAAGAGCUUAUCACUCAUUAUUUAGCCCCUAAGGUUCUUGAUUGCAACUUUAGUGCUAAAGCUAUUGGUGAGGUGGAUUUGAACAAAGUUGAACCUUGGGAUUUGCCAUGGAAGGCAAAAAUGGGUGAAAAAGAGUGGUACUUCUUUUGUAUUAGGGACAAGAAAUAUCCAACAGGACAAAGGACAAACAGAGCAACAGAAGCAGGGUAUUGGAAGGCAACAGGCAAAGAUAAAGAGAUAUUCAGGUCAAAAACAUUGGUUGGUAUGAAGAAAACUCUGGUUUUCUACAAAGGAAGAGCACCUAGAGGAGAAAAAACCAAUUGGGUCAUGCAUGAAUAUAGAUUAGAUGGCAAAUAUUCAGUCCAUAACCUUCCAAAAUCUGCCCAGAAUGAAUGUGUGAUAUGCAGAGUUUUCAAGAAAACUUCAGGAGGGAAAAAGAUAGCAAUCUCAAGUCUAAUCAGAAACAACAAUAUGACAGAAAGUCCACGGUCCUCAAAUUUGCCACCAUUAAUGGACAUGUCACCAUAUAAUAAUCAGAUUACAACAACAACCAGAAGUAGUGGAGAGACAAGUAAUUCUCAUGUGACCUGCUUCUCCGAUUCAAUGGAGGACCAAAAACCUCAAACACAACAACCUCUGGCUUGUUCACCUCCUUCUGUUGAUUUCCCAAAAUACCCUUCAAAUAUACCAAACCAAGUAAUGCAACCCUACAUUGACAAUUUCCAGUAUGUAGAUUCUGGACUGAUGCAAGAUAAUUCUAUAUUGAGGCUUUUACUGGAAAACAACAACUAUGGGUCAGAAUCAAAACACAACAAUCAUUUGAGAGGUUACGAGGAUCAUAAUGACUUCAAUAUCAAUUCAGCUGGGCCAGUGGACCUUGAUUGUCUAUGGAAUUAUUGAAUUUGAUUAGAGUUUGGAUAAAGUAGGGACUUUAGUUUAUAGCGAUUGAAGGCUUGAAAUGCAAUAGAAAUAGCAAAAAAAAAUAGAUUGAAUGUGGGACAAAGGGCAGAAAUUGUUGCUAUUGUUAGGUCACUGUUUGUGUAUAGAUUUGGCUCCACUCGAAAUAAUACAGAAGUUAAUUGGUUUGUUAAUAUCAAAAUGUAGUUCAAUGUUUCAGGGUUAUGAGCAUUUGAACAGUUUAUUAGA